AUGGCGGAGUGGAUGAAUCUGGCGUUGGCGGCGGCGUUUGACAGCUUCGCCUACACCGAGACCAAUGGUGUAGCGGAGGCCGUCGCUGGCGCCAUCCAGCAGUACCGCCUGGCCGCCGAGGAGUGCCGCGGAAUCGGCCAGGGCGUGCACCCUACGCCCAACGCCGGCCAGGGCGCUUCAGCAGGCGGCGAUUCCAUCGACCUCGCCCUCACCCGGAUCAAGAGCAUCACCAGGUUCCACGCCGUGCGGGGUAGCGUCUUCUCCGUCUGCGUCCGCCGCAUGGGGCUCCAGCCCGACACGCCGUGGCGGCUCCAGCACGCCACCGCGGCCCGCCACGCGGAGAUGGCGAUACGGUGCCUGGGCACCGCCAAGUCGUACGGCCAUGCGGCCCUCAGCGUCUUCCACCGCAUGCUCAGGCCGCCGUCGCCGCAAGCGGUCGCUCGCGCCUGGGCGCCCGCGGCCGAGCUGCUCCUGCGCCGCGCGAUCGUCAAUCUGGACAUGGCGGAGGCCUCCGUGGGGAAGAUACGCCCGGCCAUCGGCGUCGAGUACAACGACGCCAGGAGGCUUCUGCAUGGCUGA